UAAAGGGUUAUGUUGUUGAAUAGCAUUUAACUUAAAUUUUGUAGAUAUUCUUAUGAUAGAGAAAGAAAAAUAGAUUCUUGUUUUAUACGUUCAUUAUAAAUUGUUUUAAAUGUUAAUUAAAAAUAACCAUUUAUUUUUUUCUGGUGUUUUUAUUUAACUGCCUAACAAGCAGUUUAAAUCAUUUGUGAUCAAUUUAAUAAGAAAUGUCUUCUGGAUUUGGUUUUGGUUCUAAAUCUACAGCUGUUCCCAGUUUUGGCACAGGAAGCAUAACGUUCGGUACUCCUGCCACUACUAUUACUCAAAAUCAACCAGGAUUUGGUGUUGCAACCACAAAUGUUCAAUCUACUAGUGGUUUCCAGUUUGGAACACCAACAACAUCUGCAUCUACUCCAAAUUUAUUUGGAACCCCAGGUAGUAACUUUAAACCAAGUGGCUUUGGAACUCUAGCUCAAAAUGUUGGGUUAUUUAAUACCUCGACACCGACUGCUCCUACCGGAUUAACUUUCGGUACACCAACAACAUCUGUUGUAAAUGUUGGACUCUCUCUUGGAGGUGCAUCUACGACAGUUACUCCUUCCACGGGACUCUUUGGGACUCCUGUAACUUCGACAGUUACCCCUCUUUCAUUCGGACUCGGAACCCCAGCCACCACCGCGACUUCAUUAUUCCCAGCUACAACAUCUGGUGUAGGCAGUAAUCUUUUCGCAACUCCUGCUAGUACUACUACAACUCCUGGAUUUGGUUUUGGAUUAUCUUCCACUACUGCACCGACUUUAGGGAAACCCCCAACAACUGUCGUUGGUGGUUUAACUUUUGGAGUUGGUGCUCCCACAUCAACAGGUUUAAAUUUUGGACUGGGUGGAGCAACAAUUACAUCAGCAGCUACGACAAACCUCAAUGCCUUAAGUACUGCAUCGUCUUUAGUAGGAUUGGGUGGUCAGGCCUCUUCUCAAAUAAAAACAGGCACAGUUGUGACAACUCAGAAGGAAGUUGCUCCGAAAGAACAACCAUUGCCCAAUGAGAUCCUGCAGACUGUUGAACAAUUCAAAGAAAUGGUCAAAAAUCAGAAGCUCUAUAGUUCAGACAUAGCCAGGUGCUCUAUAAGAGAUUUUAAAAAGGUCGAACAGGAAAUCGAUCUGCUCAAUAACAUUUUGAACGAGGUCGAAUGCCAGUUACAGAAAAAUAGGUAUCUGGCGGAGAAACUGAAAUAUGAUACUGCCAAGAGUUUACAGAAUGUUGAAAUGGCACAAAGGACGCAGGACACUCCUCCUGGUUUGCAGUAUGAAAAUUCAGCUCCACUGAAAUUCUUCUUGGAAUUAGGCGAUCAGUUUGAAAGAGAAAUGCAAGCUCUGAAGACCCAAAUAGAGGCCGCUGACAAAUAUGUGAAAAAUCACAGAAAUCCAGAUACAUUAACUCCACAAGAUUUAUCUCUAGGAAUGAGAAGGCUUCACGAAACAUUUGUGGCUUUAGCAGGACGUUUACAGUCUGUUCAUAAUCAAGUAGAAUCCCAGAAAGACACUUAUAUAAACAUCCGGCGUCAUUUGUAUAAUGAUGUUUCAAAUCCGUUUGAUAAAAUAAGUAAAUCGACAGAUUUAAUUGUGGGUAGUAUAAAGACUGCCCUAAUAUAUUCUCCACCGAAAGUAGCGUCCGGACCGACACCUUUUAAUCACAUGCCAUUCCUUAACGGGAAUCCAUUAGUACAACAGCCAAAUCAGUCGACAUAUUCGGCAACAACUAGUGUGGCACCAUCAGGAACAGGGCCAUACUUUUGGAGGCCCUAGGAACAGCAUGAUUAUGAAAUACCUUUAAGAAAAAAAUGUGACUAAGAUACACAGUGUUCCGAAUUGGGCACCUAUCCAAGUACUAACUGAAAUAAACUUUUUCAAAAUUAUGUCUUGUGAAUAAUUCAUUUUUGUCAAUGACUUUUUCUAGGUUUUGGAAACACUUUAACCUUUGGAACUCAAAUAGGUACCCAGCCAUCUAACACUUCAUUAUUUGGGUCACAAUUUGGUCAAACCACGUUUGGA